CUUCGCCGCGAGCGGAGCCUCCGCCUCCGACGCCACCGGACUCAGGACAGCCAGGGAGGGCAAGCAGGGUCAUGGCGGUCUCGGCGGGCUGGCGGCGCGUGCUGCUCAUGCUGCUGCUGGUGGGCAUGGUCCGCGCCGGCUACCACUUCAUCCGCCUGGCGCUGCUGGCCGCCAUGGGGCUGGCCGGCAUGUACAUGCUGCACAUGCUCGCCCAGGACUACAACAAGAUCACCAACAGGCCCCGGCCGGCCGUGGCGGCCACGCGCGCCCUGUUCCGGGCCAUCACCAAGCGCGACGUCAGCGCCGUCAGCGACGAGCGAGGGGCGGUGGAGGCGCCGAGUCGGCGCGGCGUCAUGGCGCACUUGCUUCGACAAGUGCUGAUGCAAGACCCGCUGGGCUGCGCGAGGAAGCUGGUGUGCCAGCUGUCGGCGUCGACGAAGGGACUCCGGCCGCACGAGACGGCCAUCCUCAGGCUGGUCCAGCGGAGCGAGGAGGACGACGACGACGAGGCGGCCGCCGAGUUCCGGGCAGCGGAGCAGCUCGGCCAGUCCUCCAAGGACGCCGCCAAGUGCGCGGCACGCUACAGCAAGUGCCUCAUCGAGGCCAGGGCCUUCCUCAAGCUGCUGCAGGCGGCCGGCACCAGGUGAAGCAAGGCGCCGGGCAGAGCGCCGCCAAGGACCGCCUGCCCUAGACCUGCGCUACGUAAAUUCAGCCAAAGUUCCAAUG